UUCUUUCUUUUUUAUAUUUUAUUAUUAGUAUUAAAUAUUAACUAUGUUGUUACUGAAUUUAUAACUGCAAGUAUUCUCGGCGGUGUCGUACUUGGCGGCGGUUUGUUCGGAUGGAAUACGAUGAAAGAUUAUACCUACUGUCGUUAUGUGGAAUGUUGCAAUGAUAAACAUGUACCAUAUAAUUUAAGCAGAUUAAAAGUGUCUCUCUCUCAAAAGAUGUUUGGCCAACCACUUGUGAAUGAGUUGGUUAAUAUUUUAGUAGCUCAUAAGGAAUCUAUAAAAGAUGUAAAUCGACAAAACAAGAAAGCUCUUGUUAUAAGUUUACAUGGCUGGUCUGGCGUUGGAAAAAACUAUGCCGCAUCUAUGAUAGCAGAUGCAAUUUAUGCUAAAGGCAUGCAGAGUCGUUUUGUAAAGAUGUUCAUGGGUAAGAAAGAUUUUGACUGCAGUGAUAUGGAAAAAUCUAAAAAAGAAUUGAUGGCAACUAUUAAUAUGAUAGUAAGUAGUUGUCCUACAUCAUUAAUAAUAUUUGAUGAGAUUCAUGACAUGUGUCCAACAAUUUUGGAUACUAUAAAGCCGAUGCUAGAUCAUCAUCAUGCUGUUGAUGGAAUAGAUUACAGGAACAGUAUAUUCAUUUUUAUAUCUAAUAUUGGAGGGCCACAAAUAGCUACAAAUUUGUUAGAGCUAUAUGACAAAGGAAUAAAAAGAAAUGAAGUAGAGUUCCACCAUUUCGAACCUAUAAUAAGGCGUACAUCAUAUUACACAGGUGGUUUUGAAAAGUCAUCUACAAUAGCUCAGCACUUAAUAGAUCACUACAUACCAUUCUUGCCUCUGGAACAGCAUCAUGUGGAAAUGUGUGCCUUAGCGGAAUUCCGAGCCCUUGGCGUAUUACAGCCCACCGAAGAAAUGAUGUUAGAUGCUCUAUCAAUUAUAACAUACGGACCCAGUGAAGAUCAGCCCAUAUUUGCCAAUAAUGGAUGUAAACGAUUUGUAAAACACAUUCCUUAUGUGAUACAAAAGUAUAAACCAAAAGAUGAAUUAUAAAAUUAUUGUUAGCACUUUUGUGAUAUAGUUUUACAGAAAUGAAAGCUUUAAGCUAAUGGAUAAAGCUCAGCUAAAAGCUAAUGUUAAGAUGUAAUUUUUUUAUUUGUUUUCU